CCUCCUCUUCUCGGGGUGACCUGUUGUAAAGACCCUGGAACGUCAGCCAGGUAACCCUCGGGCAGAUCCGAUAAGGAAAGCCAGGAUGCCACAUCACACCAUUCACCUUUUCCGGAAGGGACUUCGGCUUCAUGACAACCCAACGCUGCUGGCCGCGCUGGAGUCUUCGGAGACCGUCUACCCUGUCUACAUCCUGGACAGAAAGUUCAUGACGACCGCGAUGCACAUAGGUGCCCUGCGGUGGCAUUUUCUGCUGCAGUCCCUGGAAGAUCUCCGGAAGAAUUUGUGUCAGCUGGGCUCUUGCUUGCUGGUUAUUCAAGGAGAGUAUGAGGCUGUUCUUAGGGACCACGUCCAGAAGUGGAAUAUCACGCAAGUGACUCUGGAUGCGGAGAUGGAACCGUUUUAUAAGGAGAUGGAGGCCAACAUACGACGUCUGGGAGAGGAGCUGGGGUUUGAGGUGCUUUCUCUGGUGAACCACAGUCUUUACGACACCAAACGGAUUUUGGAUCUGAAUGGUGGGACUCCUCCGUUAACGUACAAGAGGUUCCUUCACAUUCUCUCUCUGCUCGGCGACCCUGAGGUGCCUGUCCGAAACCUUAUGGUUGAAGACUUCCAGAAGUGUAGGGCCCCUGACCCGGGCUUGGCUGAGUGUUACAGGGUGCCUCUCCCCGUGGAUUUGAAGAUACCACUGGAGAGCUUCUCUCCCUGGAGAGGAGGGGAGACCGAAGGGCUACAGCGCCUGGAGCAACACUUGACUGACCAGGGCUGGGUGGCAAGUUUUACCAAACCAAGAACAAUCCCAAAUUCGCUGCUUCCAAGCACCACAGGCCUGAGCCCAUAUUUCAGUCUGGGCUGUCUGUCAGUCCGUACCUUUUUUUAUAGGUUGUCAAACAUUUAUGCUCAGGCCAAGCAUCACUCUCUGCCCCCGGUGUCGCUCCAAGGGCAGCUUCUGUGGAGAGAAUUCUUCUAUACCGUGGCAUCAGCAACACCAAACUUCACCCAAAUGGCUGGGAACCCCAUCUGCCUUCAGAUCAGUUGGUACGAGGAUGCAGAGAGGCUCCACAAAUGGAAAACGGCACAGACGGGCUUCCCGUGGAUCGACGCCAUCAUGACCCAGCUGCGCCAGGAAGGCUGGAUCCAUCACCUCGCUCGGCACGCCGUCGCCUGCUUCCUGACGCGGGGGGACCUUUGGAUCAGCUGGGAAGAGGGCAUGAAGGUUCUCUUCGGGUUUUUUGUUGUCUCUGUUCUGGCUGAGCUGGAGAGACCUCGCAGAAC